AAUAUUUACCGACACAUUUUAGGCAGCCGGUUUGGCCGAGAAGAUGGAAUGACAAACCAAACAAUCAAAACCAGACAAAAAAGAAGGAAACAAUUAAACUUUAUUCAAACUGUAAGUAAAGUUUCCUGUGUCCUUGUCUUUGAGGAAAGAGUCAGAAUUUAAAAGUCCCCAACCCCAUUUUCUCCCUUAAAGCAGCCAAAAUGGUUUUAAAAUAUCAGCUGUAAAAUAAAUGAUGAACUUAGGUGCUUCAGAAUAUUAAAAGCCAAUGUGUGUGCAUGAAUAGUAGAACAUAAAAAUUGGUUCUAAUUACCUGAGCUUUGUCGGCGUUUAUGAACGAAAAUAUUUUGGCUUCGCGGAAGAUGGAUCUAAUUAGGUAACAAAAUUUUAAAGUCUGAAUACUCAUUUUAACACACGCGCUCCCCAGUAAAAGAUAUGAUCCUGAUACAAGAAUACCAAACAGGAAGAGAUGCUCUUAGCUGCUAAUUAGCUCUGAAUUUUAAUUUGAAGAAUUAUUAUUAAGUAUUUCAGGUAAUCUUAAAUGAAUGUUUAUUUAUAGUGUGCCAAUUUUUUGCAGCCUCGGACCUAUUGGCACACUUCUACUCAACCGAUAAAGUUGAGCACUCAUAUCUGUUUGUUUUUUCCUCCAAUCUUAACAAAAUCUUCAGUUUUGAGCCGAAUAUCAACAAAGGUUUUGAAGACCUUAUUUUUGUCUGGUUCCUGUUUGUUUUUCAAGGACAAUUAUUAAAAAGAGAAAAAAGGAUUUAAGAAAAUUAAAUGAAUGAAACCUUUUUUGGAAUCAUUGUAGAUAUACUUUUAAAAACUCCGGAUGACACAGGAUCGAGCUAUCGGAUUUUAUAUCAUAUUUGAAAACAAUAUUUCUCGAAAUAUCUUGAAAUGGGAAUGAGAAAAUAAACACGUUUACCACUAAAUUAUUCAAUGCAGAAGCAAGCAAUGAAGGGAGCCAUUCAAUAAUAUUCUUAUAAAUAAUAGAAUAAUUUUUCCAUAAAGAUGCAUAUGGAAAAAUAUUUUUUUAUCCAACGAAUGUUGAGUUGGUUGAACUCGAGGUUGGGACACGGAAUUUCCAUGCCAUUCAUAAAGUCUGCUCACGGCACGUUCGUGCCGGGUUAUCGAAAAUCGACUAAUCGACUACUUGAAAAACAAUAUCAUUUUCGCAGUUUGUACAAGAGGGGUUUAUAUAGAAUUGCGAAUAUCACCUAGUGCAAUUGACCUAAGUUAUUUGAUUUAGAAUUACAAAAUUGCGAAGAUCAAAAUUACGUCUCACGCGAGAUGAGCGCCGAAUAUUCAUUACGAUUUGAUCUCAUCGGGAAAAAUAUAAACCAAAGUAAAUUUCGGUUAAUGAGAAAAUCUAAAGAAAGUGGUUUACUCCGAUGUUUAAAUCUAUCUUCAUUUCAAAUGCAAAAGAAUACAGUGGUGCCAUGGCUGAACAGAAUAUAUUGCGAAUCAAGUUGAAGGAGAACAAAAGUUUCACGCAGAGUUGGACAUUUUUUGUACUGCGCACCUAAAAACAAUCAUGGUUAUUGAAUCGUAAAGUGGACCAGAAAACAAUGUGAGAGCUUUACACAGCACAAUGGGACGCGACAAGCCGAGUGUGGCCAUAUGAAAUCUACUUUAUUUACACACGAUUUAUGAAGGUUUUACAAAAUACACUUUUAACUCGGCACUAUUUACUAAAAAGAUCAAAGUCUGGCAAUUUAUCUCGCAAUUUUCAGAGAAUUCUGCAAAAGAGGGAUGAAAGAUUGGCUGAUGUUGGUCUUCUUGUGGUUUAUUUUCGUGUCUGUGAGUUUAUCUAGGAGUGAAGGUAUUUAUAAAGAUGGUGACGUUGUGCUAGGGGCACUGAUAACUGUAAGACACAAAGACGUGGAAGAUAAAUGUCGUGAGCUAAAACCACAGGGAUUGGCUUACGUAGAGGCAAUGUUAUACGCGAUAGAAACCAUCAAUAAUGACCCAACACUGCUAGAAAACACGACUCUGGGCUAUGAUAUCAGAGACAGUUGUGAUAGCCCUACACUUGCUAACAAAUACGCCUUUGAGUUCGUCACAAGAAAUAGGGCUUUGGAUAAACUUUACAGUUCACACAACAACAGCGAAGUUCAAAGGCUGUACCAAGCAGGGGAGAUAUUAAGGCCAAUAACAACUGUCAUUGGUGCUGGGGAUUCGAGCAGCUCAGUUGUUAUCGCAAGCAUGCUACAAAUAGGAGACAUCCCUUUGAUAAGCCCGUUUGCAACAAGCGAAGAACUUAGUCUACCUUAUUUUAAGACAUUUUUCAGACCUGUUCCGCCUGAUGGUCAACAAGCUAAGGCACUGGCAGAUAUUAUAGAUUAUUUCGAAUGGAAGUACGUGACGGUUGUUGGGGUUGACACCUCGUACGGUCGCUAUGGAGUCAUGGGGCUGGAGAACGAGGCGCAGGAGAGGGGAACGUUUUGCAUCGCACAAGUGUCCUACUUUCCCUCCACUGGCUACCAGACGAAGAUAGCAUCCUUAGUCACUAAGAUCAAGACAGCAAACGACGUGAAUGUGAUUGUCCUGUGGGGGGAUCCCACGACUUCCAUAGCUUUUCUAGAGGAGGUACGAAAGCAGGGUGUCACGGGAAAAACAUGGCUUGCCCCAGAGGGGUGGUCUGAGGCGACGUCUUUGUUCAAGCCAAAGUAUAUGCCAAUCAUCGGGGGAUUCGUGGGGACAAAAUUAAGAGAUUACGAUCUAUCUAGAUACAAGAAUCACUUAUUCAAUCUUAGUUACCAGACCCCGAGAGUGCGCAACCACACCUGGUGGAGGGAGUACUGGGCACUACAGAAGCAGUGCUCGUCCCAGUCUUCCUGUGAUCUCACAGACUUCCGCAUCACGAACGCACAUUUCGUUAAUUUGUACACUGCUUAUCUCAGCUACGUCAUCGACGCAGUAUACGCUGCUGCGCACGCUAUAGACGCCAUAAUCCGCUGUCCAAAGCAUCGUGUUGACUGUCCUCUCACAAGGCCUUACAUAAGACCAUCGGAGGUGUUGAAGGUGCUACGAAAUGUGACCUUUGAAGGGAUCACAGGCAUAGUGCAGUUUAACAAUAAUGGCGACUCUAUCCGCUCUGCCGCUUACGACCUCGUCAACCUACAUCCAGGACUUAAAGCUCCGAUGCUACAAAACGUGGGACACUGGACCCGAGGACUGGCACCGCGCCUGAACAUCAACGGAUCAGCAAUAUACUGGACCAACGGUAGUUCCCAGGUCCCCGAGUCGGUAUGUAGCAGGCCGUGUAGACCUGGGUUCCUUCAAACGGAGACUAUAAUGUGUUGCUGGAAGUGCAUUAAGUGCCCACUCGAGAGCAUCAGCCCGUCGUACUCUUCGCCUAACUGCACUAUGUGUCCGUGGGACAAGAUGCCAGACAGUACGCAGUCAAAGUGCGUGGAUCUACCGGAGAUCAAUAUCAAGUUUACAGAUAUCCACGCUAUUGUGAUCCUCGUCAUCGCAGGCAUAGGUGCACUGGGCGUUGUAUUCGUCAUAGGGGUAGGAAUAAGGUACCGAGCCACCCCUGUGGUAAAAUCCACCAAUCGCGAGAUGAGCCUGCUAUUUCUUAUCAGUAUUCUGAUUGGUCUAGCUGGCGGGGUGUGUGAGCUGCUAAGGCCCUCGGAUAUCAUCUGCCUCAUCACUAAUCCCAUCUACAGUUUUUACUUUACGCUUUGCAUCUCAAUUCUCUUCGUGAAAACCAACCGACUAGUGAACGUCUUCAACGUGAACCUAGAUCACUCGAGCUUUGGCAGUCGCAUUUGUCAAGGGAUUCAAAACCAGUUUGUACUGCUUUUUCUCUUGAAUGGGAUCGCUGUGGUGCUGCUGAUCACGUGGCAUGUUUUGGAUCCACCAUAUAUGGACAUAGCCGUCCUCCCGUUGUUACAUAUUCAACGAGGGUGUCGAGACCACCGAACUACCACAGGGCUUAUUUUACAGGGGCUUCUCUUCGCGUACGAGUUCGCACUUUCUCUAUGCUGUGCUUAUUAUGCUUUCAAAGCGAGAAAACUGCCGGCAAACUUCAGCGAGGCGAGAUUCAUCGCAUUUGCCAUGUAUAUGCAGCUAUUAUGUAAUAUCUGCUACGCUACGCUGCAAAAUAGCGUAAAGGGAAACUUCCUAGCGACAUUUUCUGCCGCGAUAAUCAUCCUAAGCGCGUAUGGGUUUUUGGUCUGCAUGUUCGUACCAAAGAUUUAUGUAAUCUUUAAACAUCCCGAGAGAAACACGGCUGAGUACGUGAAAACGAUUGUCGCUAAUCAUACUAUGCGGAGUAACUUCUCUCGUGUAACAGUCUGCAGUAAAAACGGAAUUGCAAAACCGCGCUCGGAAACGGUCAUGACCGUUAUAUCCGCGCUUUCGUCGGGACGGAAGACGUCAGCGGAAGAUCUUUCGCGCAUGCGUAAAGCUGGAUGUACAUUUUACGAAAACGAGUCUACAGAGCCUUCCAAUCAGGUGGGAAGUAAAUGGACUAAAGCGAUUGGUUCCAUAAAUUCCCGCUUAAAUUCUAAUGCCAACGGUAUGAGCGAUGCCAGCAAUGGUGGAAUGCAUAUGAAUGGUACGACACCACCAAAGAACGAGACCGUUCUGGUUAUCAAGGACCAGGAUGGGUUAGCUGCUAUAUCAGAAGAACUCGAUGUGGCUGUGCUCGGUCGUACUAACGAGGGCUUUGAUUUUUACGAGACCCGUUUAUAAAAAAAUAACAACAAAGAAUAGAAGCAGCACAGUCUACCUACUUAUGAGGGCCUGUGAUUUCCAAUUAAGCAUAAAAAAGAUGUGAGAGUUUUAAAGAAGAUACUAGGUUCUUGAAUAACUUCUUAAGUCCUGUGCACACAGCACCAAAAUCAGCCAGCAGUACUAGCGAAGUCUUGCUUAACUGACUGGCCAGGGCUGGAUAGCUUUGCUAGGCCAGCGUUUGCACAGAGUUUAAUGAUUUUAAAACCAACUUUAGAUUAAAUAAAUAAAAAAAAUACAAACAGUC